AUGGUAACAAACAGAAGUUUAGUCUUCCAGACUCAAUCAGAUCAUAAUCUCUCUUUCCAGGUCCGCAGUGUGUCGCAGGAGGUUUUGUACACUCAUAAUGAGAACAUCUCUCUGGACAUGUCUCUGUCUCAUCUGCUGGUGGAGUGGGGUCAGUGGAUCGAUCAUGACCUGACCUUGACCCCUCAGAGCCCCAGCACCGCGGCCUUUAAGACCGGAGCGGACUGCACACGCACCUGCAGCAGAGACACGCCAUGUUUCCCGAUACAGAUCCCUCUGUCUGACCCUCGCACUGGGACUCAAAGCUGCAUGCCGUUUUUCCGCUCUGCUCCCAGCUGUACGGUUUCACUCGGUCACCGGGAGCAGCUGAACGCCAUCACGGCAUUCGUGGAUGCCAAUAUGGUGUACGGAAGCUCGGAUGGGCUGGCUGCCACCCUGCGAAACCUCUCGUCCCCUCUCGGCCUGCUCGCCGUCAACCAGUUCCACUCAGACCAAGGGCUCGGCUUCAUGCCCUUCCUGAGCCGCACGCAGCUGAACCUGGAUCCCUGCGGCCCACGAGAGCGGAUCGACCCCAUCCCGCUACCAGAGACAGUGCAAAGACUCAACACAUCCUUGGGGAAUAGAUCGUUCUGUUUCCAAGCAGGUGAUUCUCGGGCCAAUGAGCACUUGGGUAUGAUCGCUCUGCACACGCUCUUUCUGAGAGAACACAACCGAUUGGCUGAGGAGCUUCACAAGCUCAACCCUCACUGGAGCCCAGACACGCUGUACCAGGAGGCCAGGAAAAUACUGGGCGCAGUCCACCAGAUCUUGACAUGGGAUCACUACUUGCCCCGCGUCCUGGGACGCAGUGCUAACCUGGCCCACAUGCCCCCGUACAAAGGUUACGACCCCGCCGCUGACCCCAGCAUCUCCAACAUUUUCUCCACCGCUGCCUUUCGGUUUGCACAUGUGACCGUGCAUCCGGUGGUGAACCGCCUCGGACCCGAUUACCGGUUGAGCCCUGAGCACCCAGCUCUGCCGUUACACCACUCUUUGUUUGCAUCCUGGAGGGUCGUGCAAGAGGGUGGCAUCGAUCCUGUGCUGCGUGGUUUGCUGUUGUCCCCGGCUAAACUGCAGACAGCAGAUCAGAUGAUGGUGGAGGAACUGACCGAGAGGCUCUUCCAGGCUCAGGGAGGGCUGCCGCUGGACCUGGCUGCGUUAAACCUGCAGAGGGGACGAGACCAUGGCCUACAAGGUUACAGUGCGUGGCGGGAGCUCUGCGGUCUCUUUGCACCUGCGAAUGAGUCUGAUUUAGCAGGCAUUCUGGGAAAUGUAGUUCUGGCCAGGAAGCUGCUGCAUCUCUAUGGAACAGCUAAGAACAUAGACGUGUGGGUUGGGGCCAUUUCAGAGCCGGCUCUGCCUGGGGGCCGCGUGGGGCCCCUGCUGGCCUGCCUGAUCGCCAAACAGUUCAAAGCGCUCCGAGACGGUGACAGGUUCUGGUGGCAGAAUGAAGGUGUGUUCAGCUCGGCUCAGAGAGACGCUCUGCGCACCACAUCUCUGUCCCGCAUCAUCUGUGACAACACACACAUCCGGCUGGUGCCCUUUGACCCCUUCGCGCGCACACUCCACCCCGACGACCUGCUACCCUGCACACGCAUCGGCCACAUGAACCUCUCAGCGUGGAGAGAGCCAGACACCGACCCGGUGUGUGGCGCGGUCCCGCGGUCGAAUCUGGGUUUCUCUGUGCUGUGUGAAUCUGCGGUGAUGUAUCAGUGUCCUACUGGAUACCUGCUCCAGGGAGCCACACAAAUCACCUGUGACCCCAACACCCACCAGUGGACCCCACAAACGCCCACAUGCCAAGAUAUUGAUGAAUGUUCCACUCAUCCGUCCGUCUGCCCUCCACACCUGCAGUGCUUGAACACACCUGGAGGACACACCUGCACAGAACCUGCAGCUCCGCCCCUUUCCGCCUCCUCCAUUGUUGCGUCAGUGAUGUCAGUCCUAGGGGGCGUGGCUUUGAUAGUGCUCUUCCUCGCCUGCUACCAAAGAUUUUUCCUUUGGAAAGCCGAGCCGGUGAAGGUGGAAUGCUGUCGGAGAAGAAGCUGAGAUGGAUUCAAGGGGAAACUGGUUUGGAAAACGUGCAGAUUUUGGUCCUAGAUGGUCUGUGUUUACAUGUUUCAUAACCACAGUCUCAUUUCACACCACUCGAC